AGAGACAUGAGGAGCAGAGCCGGGUGUGCACAAUGCCAGCCGGCCUCUACCUACCCCUGGCAGCCCUGUGCCUCUACCUCCUGCCACAGCCUGCGGACUCCUACUUUGGUCUGACCAGCAAGGAGUCUCUCUCCCAUUAUACGUCCCCAUCGCCUGUGACUGCCGGUGGUCACAUCAGACCCCAUCUCAAACAGUGUGACCUGCUGCCUCUCACCCGACGGCAGAGGAGGCUUUGCCGCAAGGAGCCCGGGCUGGCCGAAUCUCUUAAGGAGGCCGUUCGUUUGGGGAUUGUGGAGUGCCAAUACCAGUUGCGGAGCGAACGUUGGAACUGCAGUCUGCAAGGACGCGGGAGCCUUCUGAAAAAAGGCUUUAAAGAGACCUCGUUUCUAUACGCAAUGUCGGCGGCCGCGUUGACGCAUUCUUUGGCCAAGGCUUGCAGUGCUGGACGCAUGGAGCGUUGCACUUGUGAUGAUUCUCCCGGCCUGGAGAGCCAGAGGGCCUGGCAGUGGGGGGUUUGCGGAGACAACCUAAGACACAGUACUCGGUUCCUCCAGAACUUCCUGGGCCAGAGGAAAGGAGGCAGGGACACCAGAGCCAAGGUGGAUCUGCAUAACACCAACGCUGGCAUCAAGGCGGUAAAGAGUGGAUUGAAGACAACCUGUAAAUGUCACGGAGUGUCUGGCUCUUGUGCUGUCCGUACUUGUUGGAAACAGCUCUCCCCGUUCCACGACACAGGAGCGCUGCUCAAGGCCAAGUAUGAGACUGCGGUCAAGGUUCUAGGAGCCACCAACGAGGCAGUGGGGGGCCACGAGUCUUUGGGACACUCGUUUGCUGGCCGCUCGCCCCGUUCCAGCGAUUUGGUUUACCUGGAGGAAUCCCCGAGCUUCUGUCGGCCCAGUCGCUUUUCUCCUGGCACGGCCGGGAGGGUGUGCUCACGGGAGACCACGUGCGACAGCGUGUGCUGCGGGCGAGGGUACAACACGCAAACCCGGAUGGUCACCUUUUCCUGCCACUGUCAGGUGCAUUGGUGCUGCCACGUGGAGUGCCAAAAGUGCGUCCAGCAACAAGACACGUACACCUGCAAGCAGUGAAUCAAAGCGGAGGAACCGAGGCGCAUGGAGGACGUCUCUGCAAUGGGUGGGUGAGGGGGACUGUAUGAGGGACUCUACCAGUUGGUGGUACAUACAAGUUGACUGUUCUAAAUGAAACAUGUCAUGUACCAGGAUAUUAAGGCACUUACCCUUCUGAGCUUUGACUGCCUGAUCUACCAUAAAACCACGUUUUAAUGAUUCCCCUCGAGACAAAAAUAUCUCUCCCUGCUUUGCUAUUCUGUGGAGCAGCCUCAUCCAUCCAAACCAAGAAAGGACUUGGCUCAAGACCACAAAUAAAACACAUGGCUCCGUCCGCGGAAGCCGCCGUC